AUGGCGAAGAUUGUCGGUGGGCCGGUGCUGAAAGAAAUCAUCGGCAUCGAGUUCAUGAUUGCAUACGUCCUCUCCGCCGGGUCCGGCAUUCUCGGCACCUCGAUCGGAAUCAACGCUCUGUCGAUGCACGGCGCCUGCACGGUGUGGUGGUCAUUCCUCGCUACCGUCUUCAUUUCCUUGGUGGCCUGUAUCCGCAAGUUCGAGAAGCUCAGCUGGGUCACGCUCGUCGGGUUUCUCUCGGUCUUCAUUGCCGUGUUCAUCGUCGUCGUCGGUGUGACCACGAUCGACCGGCCGGCCGCCGCUCCUCAGGAGGGUGAUUUUGAACUGGGAUUCCACGCCAUCGGCCAUCCGACCUUCAUGGCGGGGAUGGUGGCCACGUCCACCAUUUUCGUGUCCUCGGCGGCGACGUCCGCAUACAUACCUGUGAUCUCCGAAAUGAGGAAGCCUCGUGAGUACUACAAGGCUCUGUACGUGACCAUGGGCUUCGUGACCGCCGCAUACUUCUCCUUCAGCAUGGUCGUCUACGCUUAUUGCGGCCAAUGGGUGGCGACGCCAUCACUCGGGAGCGCAGGGCCCACGGUCAAGAAGGUCGCGUACGGUGUGGCUCUGGUGGGCCUCGUCGUCAGCGCGGCCCUCUAUUUACAUGUUGCGGCCAAGUAUUUGUUCGUGCGCAUUCUGCGUAAAUCGCGUCAUCUGCAGGCAAAUACCUUUAUCCAUUGGGGGACGUGGCUGGGCUGUGUAUUUGGCCUGGGCGCCAUCACCUUCAUUCUGGCCUCGGCCAUCCCGAUUUUCAACUUCCUCAUUGCCAUGGUGGGAUCGAUCGCCUACGCUCCGAUCGCGCUCAUCUUCCCCGCCUGGCUCUGGCUCUACGAUCACCGCGACUGGUGGAAGCGAUCAUUCAAACACCAGGUCGCGUACGCGCUCCACUGGCUGCUCCUGCUGAUCGGCGCCUUGGUUACCGUCGGGGGCACAUACGCGGUCAUCACACAGAUCGCUGACGCCUACGCCACGGGUGUGAUCGGCUCUGCUUUCUCGUGCGCCGACAACUCCAACUCCACUUAG